AUGGCUGUUGACCAAGCCCAAUACAAGGGUUCAGUGAUGUUCACUGAUGUGUCUAUAGACUUCUCUCAAGAGGAGUGGGAAUUCCUGAACCCUGAUCAGAGGGACUUGUACAGAGAUGUGAUGUUGGAAAACUAUAGCAAUCUAGUGUCAAUGGGACUUUACAUUCCCAAACCUCAAGUUAUCUCCUUAUUGGAACAAGGGAAAGAGCCAUGGAUGAUUGGCAGAGAGCUGACAAGAGGCCUGUGCUCAGCUCUGGAAUCAAUGUGUGAAACCAAGUUAUUAUCAUUAAAGAAGGAAGUUUAUGAAAUAGAAUCAUGCCAGAGGGAAAUGAUGGGACUUAGAAAACAAGGCUUUGAAUAUUCCAGUUUCAGAGAUGUUUUGGAAUAUAGAAGUCACUUUGAAAAACAACUGGGAUAUCAAAAUGGGCAUUUCAGCCAAGAAAUACUCACUCAUGAGUACAUGCCCACAUUUAUUCAACAGACAUUCUUUACUUUACAUCAAAUUAACAAUGAAGAGAAACCCUAUGAAUGUAAGAAAUGUGGAAAGGUCUUUAGUCAGAAUUCACAAUUUCUUCAACAUCAGAGAAUUCAUAUUGGCGAAAAAUCUUAUGAAUGUAAAGAGUGUGGGAAAUUCUUUAGCUGUGGCUCACAUGUUACUCGACAUCUGAAAAUUCAUACAGGUGAAAAACCCUUUGAAUGUAAAGAAUGUGGAAAGGCCUUCAGCUGUAGCUCAUACCUUUCUCAGCAUCAGAGAAUUCAUACGGGUAAGAAACCCUAUGAAUGUAAGGAAUGUGGGAAGGCCUUUAGUUAUUGCUCAAAUCUUAUUGACCAUCAGAGAAUUCACACUGGUGAAAAACCCUAUGAAUGUAAAGUUUGUGGAAAAGCCUUUACUAAGAGCUCACAACUUUUUCAGCAUGUGAGAAUUCAUACAGGUGAGAAACCCUAUGAAUGCAAGGAAUGUGGCAAAGCUUUUACUCAGAGCUCAAAGCUUGUACAACAUCAGAGAAUUCAUACAGGUGAGAAACCGUAUGAGUGCAAAGAAUGUGGCAAGGCCUUUAGUAGUGGCUCAGCACUUACUAAUCAUCAGAGAAUUCACACAGGAGAGAAACCCUAUGAUUGUAAGGAAUGUGGGAAGGCUUUUACUCAGAGCUCACAACUUCGUCAACAUCAGAGAAUUCAUGCUGGUGAGAAACCUUUUGAAUGUCUUGAAUGUGGGAAGGCCUUUACUCAGAACUCACAGCUUUUUCAACAUCAAAGAAUUCAUACAGAUGAAAAACCAUAUGAAUGUAAUGAAUGUGGAAAGGCCUUUAAUAAAUGCUCCAACCUUACCCGACAUCUCAGAAUUCAUACUGGUGAAAAGCCCUAUAACUGUAAGGAAUGUGGAAAGGCAUUUAGUAGAUCUGCUCUGAGAAGGCACAAGAAGGAGCACAUGGGAAAGAAACCUCACACGUGUGAGGAAUGUGGGAAGGACUUCAGCCGGAGCUCCAACUUGUCCAUCCAUCGGCGAGUGCACACAGGCGAGAAGCCCUAUAGAUGCAGUGUGUGCGGGAAGGACUUCAGCCGCAGCUCCAACCUCUCCAUCCACCAGCGUAUCCACACAGGUGAGAAACCCUUCAGCUGCCAUGAGUGUGGCAAGGACUUCAGCCGCAGGGCAGCCCUGCAGAUCCACCAGAGUCGUGUUCACACGGGAGAGAGGCCGUUCCGGUGCGAGGCCUGUGGGAAGUGCUUCAGCUGGAGCAAGGAUCUGGGUAUCCACCGGAGGGUCCACACGGGUGAGCGGCCCUACAGAUGUGCGGCUUGUGGCAGGGACUUCAGGCAUCACUCAGCCCUCAAGAGGCACCAGAGGGUGCACACAGGGGAGAAGCCCUACCCCUGUGCCAUAUGUGGGAAGGGCUUCAGUCAGAGAGUCCACCUGCAGAUGCACCAGAAGAGGAUACACUCUGGGGAGAAACCAUAUAUGUGCAAGGAGUGUGGACGAGGCUUUACUUGGAAAUCAAACCUCUUCAUGUAUCAGAGGACACACUCAGGGCUCAAGCCUUAUGUGUGCAAGGAGUGUGGCCAGAGCUUUAGCCUGAAGUCAAAUCUUGUCACACACCAGAGGGCACACUCUGGGGAGAAGCCUUAA